CACGCUCUCAACGCCUAUUUAAAUGGUCGUUUAUUUCCUCAGAAUCCUAACUCAUCCAACCCUAACGCCAAAAACCACAGAUUUAAAAAUUAAAAACCGGUUCCAUUUCUCCGCGGCCGCAGCGGAAGAAAGUAAAAGCUCAUCCCAUCCUCCGUUCACGGCGGCGCGGCAUAAACCAUUCCUUCUUUCUCAUCCAGUAAGACCAGACCAGAUGGCUCGUUCUAUCUCCAACGCCAAACUCGUCUCUGCUUUCAUUUCUGAAAGAGUCUCUGUUCCUUUGAGCAGGACAUAUGCUGCGGCGGCUCAGGCAACGGCUGGUGGAGUAAACGUGGCGAGGAGUAAGGUGAUGCUGAAGAGAGGAACAGAGGAAUCGGGGAAGAACGCCACCGCUUGGAUUCCAGAUCCAGUAACCGGCUACUACCGGCCGGAGAGUCACGUGACGGAGGUUGAUGCGGUUGAGCUCCGGCAGGUGGUCUUGAAAAACACCGCUGCGAGGCAGCACUAUUAGAUCUUCCUCCAUUACUGUGUUAGGGUGUUGCACAAGCAAGAUCGAAGAGCUGCUUCUUUUGCCCGGGAAACGGGUUUCUGACUUCUAUAGAAAGAAAUCGAUUGCUUAGGUCGUUGGGUUGUUUUGAGUCCUUUUUUAACUUUAUUUUAUCAGUCACAGAUCGUUAUGUUAUUUUAAUUUAAUGUUUAGUACGUUAUAGCUAAUGUAUUAGUGAUUCCAUAACAUAAUAAACGGUUUUAGGCAACCUUUUAAAGUUUUAAGCUACGUCUUGGUAUUGUUUUCUGGUUACUAACUACCAAAAACAAAUUCUCAUUAACGUUGGAUCAAGCUGACAUUGUAGUUGAGUUCUUGCAGAGUUGCGGACUGAAAUUGAUGAAUCGAUGAAAUUAUAUUAAUAAUAACUAUAAAUUCCACCGCUUU